AUGGAAGCUUAUUCUCCUUUAACAAGGGGAAAAAAGCUAGAAGACCCAAAUUUGUUGCUAGUAGCCAAGGUCAAUUGGUCUUUGCAAAAAGGAUUUAUCCCAAUAGACAAAUCCACUAGUGAGGCUAGAAUCCGGGAAAAUUUCGAAAGCACCAAUUUCAAAUUAAGCGAUGCAGAUGUAAAGCUUUUGACCCAUGACGAAGAGAUUUUGUAUCUCUCUCUGGGUGGGAUCCAACCACAGCUGAAUGAAGGUGGAUUUUUGUUUGCAUUUUCCAUGAUUUAA